AUGAGCUCCGACUAUGCCAGUAUGCGACAUACUCGAGUUUACCUUCAGCAGCGAAAAAUGGUGGCCAUGUACAAUGGCUGUCGUGUCAUUGUUUAUAUCUUUGUGGAUAACUUCCCGAAAUCGCUAUCAUUGGGGGAGAAAUAUCUAUUCAUCUUAAAAGUUGCAGAAGAUUUCAAGCUAGACGGAUACACCAUCGAAGAUUUCUAUGACUGGGCUGCAGAACCACUUCUCCCCAUUUUCUGUCAAUUAGGUACUCUACCAGAUCUUUCCAAGAGUUUGAAAGGGCUCCUUUUCCUUGAAUCUCACUCUUUGACAUUGCGAGCUAAUGGAGAAUCACUUAUUGCUAUCCCAUAUUACGACAAAGUUGAAGAGUUUGAUGAUCCGAUCGUUAACUUGUACCGUGACCCGGAGGCAGACACGAUUGCCCGAUGGAUUUUGACCAAGAAGAUUGAGGAUACUUUUACACUAUUGUAUCACGCAGGGAUCGUUUACUCAUUGACUUUGGCGGCUCAUAUACAGAGGGUUGGAUGCCAAGAGAGAAGUCAGGAACAGUAAUGCUUAAAAAGAUUUGAGUGUCUUAUCGAGAAUACAGUC